AUGUCACAAGCUUUUGCAAGCUUCCUUCCCGAUCUUGUUGACUUCGAGCCGUGGUACGACAACUUCCGUUGGCAAACCGCGAGUAAAGUUAGUCCCUCCGACGUUACGGCGAAAUCAUCGAGUCGCAACGCGGAUAUGUCAGCGUCCACGGAGCUUUCCGUUGCAGCGAAGGCGAUGUGCGACUCGAGGAAAGAGGAAAAAGCUACAGUUGGGAAGAAACGUUCCAUGGACGAAAACGUCAGCCAUAGCCACAAGAAGUCGAGAGGAUCUGAAUUAGACAAUGCUGCGGUCAUCCAGCAUAUGCUCAACAACGCGCUUAUCGCCGCGAAAAAUCCGGUUUCAGCAAGGCAAACUGUCCUGCCGUCAUGUGUCGCUCCAAACAGCAUAAACACAUUCCCGCGCUUCAAAUUGGAAGUCACAUCCUCGCGGUGUAACGAAGUGGCUGCUCAGCGGACGGUCUUAGCGGAUUGUUGCGACACAGCUGCUCCUAUGCCGCCGCACUCGGAUCAACAUCAUGCUACGCCUAACCGUGGAUCGCAAGGGAGUGGAAAUAGUUCCGGAAAUAUUCAACCGAGGAGUAUGCGCGAGAAGAAUCGCCGCCAUCGCAUCUUGGCUGGGUUCAGCAAGCUCGAAAACGUUAUUCCUUCUACUGAGGAGGAGCCAGUUCAUGCAGUAAUUCUUGUUCACGGCAUCGUGUCCACAGUACGUGACUGGGAUUACCUUCGCGGAGAGCUGAAGAAAAGACUGGGCAAGCGAUUUCUCAUCUAUGCAAGCUCAUCUAACGAGUUUUUGCUCACCUUCCAAGGCGUCAUUACGGCUGGGGAACGAUUAGCCAAUGAGGUCAGGACCCUCGUGAAAAAGAAUCCCAGUCUACAAAGAAUAACAUUCGUGGCUCAUUCACUAGGUGGCUUGUUUGUUCGAUACGCGAUUGCUUUGCUGCACGAGCCGCUAAACAGCGAGAGGGUUAGCGUUGGUGGCUCUGAACAGCGACCUGGGUCAAUUGCUGGUUUGGAACCAGUCUGCUUUAUCACAUUGGCUACACCACACUUGGGAGUGUCGGGAAAGGGUCAGCUUCCGUUUCUUCUUGGUUUGAAUGUUCUGGAGAAACUCGCCCCUUCUGUAGCUCCAUUCAUCACUGGGGAAACCGGGCGCCAACUUUUUCUUGCUGAUGGUUCAUUGAAAGAGAAGAAACUCCCUGUUCUUGUUGAAAUGGCCGCUGAUACCCAAGGCAAACCAUUUCUGUCAGCGCUUCGAGCAUUUAGGUUGAGGCUGCUUUACGCAAACGCUGGCUACGACCGCAUGGUCGGCUGGCAGACCUCUUCCAUCCGCAGAGCAGCUGAGCUUCCCGUGAUUCCGAAGACAGCAAUCAGUCCGCUUUAUCGCCACAUUGUGCUCGUCCAAAAUUUUCCUGCUGUUGAGGGGUCUAACUUGCCUGAUCCGCAUGCUUUUACCACUGACCCAUCGAAUGACUUCGAGCUUUAUCACGAGUAUAUGAUUGCCGGGUUGCAACAAGUUUCAUGGAGGAAAGUGGACGUGAACUUCGAGGAGGCGUUCUGGCCAUUCUUCGCCCACAACUACAUCCAUGUGAAAAUGGAGUGGUUGCACUUUGAAGGUGCUGGGGUUAUUAGACAUGUAGCUGACACAAUUCUAGAGCAGCAUUCUGACGCCUUUCUAAGCAAACUACCCAGUUUCCUGUCAGGAGCAGGAUAA